GAAGUCUUAAGCUGAGGGCUUCAUUGGAGAGCGCAAGAAAGAGAGAUCAGGGACAGAGACAGAGUUUGGGUGUCUGGGAUCUCAUCUUCAGAGUUCACAGUACAAGAUUGUAAAAGCCUGUGUUAAUUGAAUUAAUACAGAGAAAAAGAAGAAAAGAUGGUGAGAGCUCCUUGCUGUGAUAAGAUGGGAAUGAAAAAGGGUCCAUGGACUCCUCAAGAAGAUCAGAUUUUAAUCUCCUACGUUCAAAAAUAUGGCCAUGCAAAUUGGCGUGCCUUACCGAGGCAAGCUGGUCUUUCAAGAUGCGGGAAGAGUUGCAGAUUGCGAUGGAUAAACUACUUAAGGCCUGAUAUUAAGAGGGGAAACUUCACUUCGGAAGAAGAGGAAACCAUCAUCAACCUGCAUGAAAUGUUAGGGAAUAGGUGGUCAGCAAUUGCAGCAAGAUUACCCGGAAGGACAGACAAUGAGAUAAAAAAUGUGUGGCAUACUCACUUGAAGAAGAGACUUAAACAAUACCAGACCAAACCAGGCACCAAACAAAACACCAAGUCCAAACCCAAGAUCAAAUGUGAGUCGUCCGACAAUAUCGUCCCAAUCCAAUCAGAAUUCGGAAACUCAAGUUCCAGCACAGGCAACGAUAUUCCCGCAAGAACUGAAACUCCAGGACAGACCCCGAUGUCGCCUCAGCCGUCAUCAAGUGAGAUCUCCUCCAUUACAAAUGCCACCACUACCACAACUGAUCGGGAAGUGAACAACACAGAUGUCAAGGCUGAAAACAUGGACUCCUGGGAAUAUUUCCCGGAAAUUGAUGAAAGUUUCUGGUCAGAUGCAAUGUCCUCCGAUAAUUCUAGUGCACCAUUAACUUUCGAAGGAGUCUCUGAUGAAUUCCAAUCUCAAGUUCCUUCAAGUUCAGUUGAUGCCAUGGAGACUGACUAUGGAUAUGGUCAAAAUCUUGAUGAUGCCAUGGAGUUCUGGUACGACCUGUUCAUUAAAGCUGGAGGUGAACAAGAGUUGAUUACAGAAUUCCAUUGACUCUUUAUUUGGACUAUUACUGUUUCCUGUUUUUGACUAAGAGGGGAUAAAUACUUAUCCAAGGUAGGGACAAACCUGUCCCAGGUCCAAAAGUUAGAAUCAUCUCAUCGACCAAGAAACCAAAAGCAAGUCGUCUUGGGAAGAGUAUCAAUCAAAUGGAAAAAUAAUCCCCUUGGAGACUUGGUGGUGAAGGGCCAAGCAGGAGAAUAAAAGCAGAAAGAAAAAAGAUUGACAUAGAAACAGUUCUGUAUAGCCGCACAAAGCAGGAAUUUGGGAUGGAGUAGAAGUAGAUGCUUAUAUACUUCAAAAUUUAGCAAGUUUGAAGCUCAUUGAGCUGAUCAAAAUUAUAACUAGAUGAUGAUGUAACUUUUUGGUAAUUUAAUUAUAGGUCAUCUAUAUUUUUGUAUUUACAAAUCUUGGUUAUAUGCUUAUAAUAAAGUUGAUCAUUCAUUGAUGUACA